AUGCCUAUUCACCGAGGUAUCGAGAUAUCCAUCGUAUCGCAGGUGGAAUUGAUGACGCAUCCCGAGUUUCCGCACCCUGAGAGUUCGCAAUUCACGUAUCGCAGCCCAGACCUGCGCAAAGGUCCCAAAGCCGAUGUCGACUGGACGCCCCCAUCCGCAUCCUCGGAUAGCAAGGCAGAUCGUUUCCUUGGUCGUCGAUCAGUGGUCUCGGUUUAUAUCCCAUCAAUGCCAGGAAAACGGUUCUGGCUUAAGUACAACGUUGUUGAAGCAGCUGAGAUCCACUCCGAAUGGUUCUACUUCAAGCUUCAUAUGAACGGCAGGCAUAUCACAUCUUGGGGAACGAAUACCAAGUCGAGACCGAGCGGCCAGGUAAUGAGAGGACUCUUCGAGCCGAGCGAUAGAUGGAAUUACAAGCACGAAGGCACGGUCUUCAGGAAUAUGGGUACAGAGGCGCGACCGUUCAUGUUCGCAUUCGAGGAUGAUGAGGAGCGAUCUGCUGCAAAUGAUGGGGGAUUGAUCGAGGUCAUGGUCUUCCGUGCGAGAGGACGAAAACGAAGAUUGCCCAAGCCAACCGACUUCAAGGACCAGGAAGGAUACGGUAUCGUUAUGCCAAGUGGUGGACUCCUCGAGAAGCCCCAAGACGCAAAGUUCUACGACUGGCACCUGAAGGACCCAAAGGACACCCCAUUCGCAACGUUCAAGUUCCACUAUCGUAGCUGGGACAGUCUUGCAAGCCUCCAGUUGAUUCCGGAAAAUCAUCCCAGGACACUGGCUCCAUUAUCUCCAACCGCCUCCCACGGUGGAGACUCCCAAGACCAGCUAACGGAGUUGGACGAGGAACCUGAAGAAGAAUGUGACAAAGAGGUGCGGCUGAAGCGCGAGCUUUCGUCGACCUUCUUUGGUGAUCCUUGGUUGACUUCCGUCUUUGACGACAGCCCCGAACGUCCUUCAAACGGUCUGAACAAGCGACCCUCAUUCAAAGUGCCUCCUGAAACAUCCUUAUUCUCUCGCUCUAAUACUGGAAGCCCCGAGUCACCAUUCUCGAAGUUCUCGACUGCUAUCAUCGACAAGUCGACGUCGCCAAAAGAAAGCCCACUUUGGAUGGAUCGUCCUUUGCCGGAGGUUCCGCCUCGUGAUAGCUCACUAAGUUUGAGACGCCAUCCGAGAAAGUACUCCAUUGCUUCUGGUGGCCAUUCGAGAAGCUCUUCUGGGGUCUCCAAUGCCCUGUCUAUCGCCCCGUCUCUUUUACAGGAACUUGACAGAGAAUCGCAAUCACCAGAGGUACUCCUUGGUAUCGCCGAGAUAGUGGAUGUUUAUUCCUCGCCAAACCCUCAUUUUGAAUCUCCUGUACCCUCAAUCUCAGAAUUCCCCUCCGUUCCCGGCGACCUGUCUGAAAACACUCCACGAACCGCACUCAGCGUAUCCACUUCCAGGCGCUGCGGCAUUUCCUCGCCACCAUCAGACACACUCUUCUCAAUGGCAAACAUUACCAUUCGCAAGACCCGUCGCUCACCUGCAAAGCGUCUUUCAGAGCAGCAGCCACAAAGUCCCAACUCUCCACAGGACUCCCCUUGUCCGACGCCCUCUCGCUCUCCAACCGAGAACUUCGGCAACCUCUAUGAAGAUGCAGACCAGUCUCCGCUCGAAAAGAAUACUACCACAAUUACCUUGUCCGAGUCGGAAUGGAUGGCUCACACACCGUCGCCAGUCAGAAAGAUUCCACGAUUUGGUAGUCUACAGAACAUGUGGAGCCCAGGUCUUGCAAAUCGUAAGUCUAGGAACAUGGGGACGUUUGUGGAAAAGGUAACAGCGAACGAGAAUUUUAGGGCUCGCAGAGGCGGUAGUGGGAGCAUUCCGAAGAAGGAUGGUGAUUGGUAUGAGAACGUCAAUUCCUCUGACGAGAAGCUCCCUGCUACUGAUCAAAGUCUCAGUGAUUCUGGAAGUAGGGACGCUAAUCCUAUGAUGGAGGGGAACUGGAUUUGA